CCAAUUCCUUCAAAAUUCGGUGAAUUUUGAAAGAAGAAUUACAUUAAAGAAAAUAACAAGUAGAAAAUGAGUAGUGUAACUGUAACAGCAACUACUAGACCAGCUAAUAGUAGUAUUGAUAAUUUGGGGAAAAUGUCAGUCAUGGAUGAGUUGAGAAGCUUUGAGAAAGAAGGUUACUUUGAUUUGGGACAUCCUCUUCUCAACCGCAUUGCCCAUAGCUUUAUUAAAGCUGCUGGGAUUGGAGCUCUUCAGGCUGUGUCUCGUGAAGCUUAUUUUACUGUGGUUGAGGGUGUGGGAAUUGAUUCAACAGAUGGUAAUGGUGCCAAGAAAAGAUUUCCAGAUCUUAGAGGAGAGACCAACAGAAAGUCAAUUGAGGCUUUGGUAAAAAGUACAGGCAAAGAGACUUUUCAGUGGGGGUUGGCUGCAGGGGUGUUUUCUGGUCUGACUUAUGGGCUGAAUGAGGCUUGUGGUUAUCACGAUUGGAAAAACAGUGCUGUAGCUGGAGCAAUAACAGGCAUGACUCUUGCACUUACGACUGAUGAUACAACACAUGAGCAAGUUGUGCAAUCUGCAAUCACUGGAGCAGCUAUUGCUACUGCUGCUAAUAUGCUUACUGGGAUUUUCUAGAUGUAGCAGUAUUGGCUUCUGCUAUUGUUUUGCAACCUAAGUUUGUUGUUGUUUAUGUUCACCGCUAGAGUACGUAGAACAUUUUGUGGAUACUCAAAUAUAUGAACAUAGAUGAUAGCCAUGUAGUGAUAGUUUCGCGCCUAGGUUUAUGUUUUUUUAAUACUUGUUGCAUCAUUGGAUUACAGCCGGAGAAGUAUUCAACACCAGAUAUUUAAGUGUCUUGAUUGACAUGCAUGCUGGUGCUCUCCUAUGUGGGAAGUCCUUUAAUCUUCAAUUUCUUGCAGAACACAUUAUGUUAGAGGAUGAUGGUGUUUGAGAGAGAUUUUAGAAAGAAAUAAUAGUACGAGUAAUAAUAAUACAAAAUUAUAAGU